GGCGCCGGUAUCCAGGUCCCCAUUCCCGUCGUGCAGGCAACGCUUCCUCUCGAGGACGUGCCGGUUGCGAGCGCAUGUGUCCAGCUCUUCCAGAGCCUCGGCGGUUCCAUCUUCAUCGCCGUUGCCCAGACGGUCUUUCAGAAUGGCCUCAUUCGCGACAUCGAGCGCGAUGCCCCCCCACUGGACGGCCAACUGGUCAUCAACAGCGGUGCCAACCAGAUCCGCAGCAUCCUCGCCCAGCUCGACCAGGAACAGGCACUCGAUGCCGUGCUCAACGCGUACCUGACCGGCCUUCGCUACUCGUACUUUAUAUCCGUGGGCUGUGCGGCCGGCACCUUUGUCGCGGCGGCGAGCUUGAGUUGGACAAGCAUCAAGGGCAAGGCGGCCGUGGCCGCAGAGGAGGCCUCUGAGUCGACUGAGGUGGCCGUGGUGACGACCAAAAAACAAGCGGAGAGCUCGGGAUAA